UACGUGGCCUUUAGUCGGCGGGCAAAGCCUCGGCAGUGAGGAGACGUCGCGCGUCGACUAUCUUAGCCGGGUCAGUUCGUACGUGCGUGCCGUUACCGUGAGAGCCGGAGGAGCUUGAAUGCACGGCGAAGAUGCAGCCCGAGACCGGAGGACGCUCGCUAUUCUGCUGGUUAACAAUAGCGCUGCUCGUCGGCCUUCUCGUCGACGACACCGGCGGCGUUUGGAAGAGACGGGAGGAUAAGACCAAGUGCCCGAAAGUGAAGGGCAUACGCAACUUUGACAUCUCCGAGUUUCUCGGAUCGUGGUACAUUGUACAGUACUACGCAAGCUCAGAGGAAGCUCUCGCGUACAGAUGCAUGAGAGCCGAGCUCUCGGUCUCGCCCGAGAGCGCAGAAGUUACCAUGAAUUUCACUUACAGCUUUACCGACGAUCCCAUUAACGAGUUGCUCGUUGGUAACAUCACGUGGAAGAUCCCUUCGUCGGAUUCACCUGCCCACUGGGUGCACGCCGAAUUUCCAUACGAAGGAGUGUACAAUACGUAUGUGCUAGAUUCGGAUUAUAAGUCCUGGGCGUUGCUAAUGCACUGUGCUGAAAAGAGCAAAAGUCCACGAUAUUUAUCUAGCUUCAUCAUGAGCCGUGAAGAGAGCCUCGGGGCGAACGUCAUUUCUUAUCUGCGCGAGAAACUGCCUAGAUAUGACAUCGACUUGGAGUACAUGUUUCCCAUGGAUCAAAAGCAGUGUAACAAAACGGAAGAUCUGCUUAUACCGCCGUUUAUACCCAUCAAGAAAGGCUACACCAGCCGAAGGCACCCGUUGAAACGGAAACAUAGGCGCUCGUGAAUUUCACUGCUCCUUCAGGAACGACACACAUCUGAAACAUCGUAAACGCUUUAGAAUAAGGAAAUCUUUCUGUAUCGAAUUUAAUAUUUCUCGUCAGCCGAUGCUGAUCAUAUUUCUCCGAUAUCAAGUGAGAAGAUGUGUAACGCUAGUCUUUAAACAUAAAUUAUAACUGCAAAAGCCUUUGAAUAGCGGAUUUAAUUUACAUAUUCAAUUUACUCGUAUCAAUGCAGUUAAUACGACUUGUCGUAACGAUCGUACGUCUGUUCCAUUUUUUCUAAUACUUAAAAAGACAUGUGAUAUAUCUCUAUAUAUAUAUGAUUUGGAUGUUCCAAACUAUCGGGUGUCUAUACACAUUGGAGAAAAGCGUGACAAUGGAAAAAUAAAACGGAAGGGUGGAUGUGAGGAAUGGUAAUAUCCGAAGCGUGCGGACGAUCUCGCUCGAAUCAAAAACAGCAGACCGUUACUUUGGGCUAAUUUUAUUAAUUCAAUUAACAACGUGUUAUAAUAUUCUUCGUCUCUUCCUCUUAUUUAUAAUUACAUAAUUGUAAUGAACUGUUAUUGUUUUCUUUAGACCCGUCGUCUCCCAACAUCUUAGCACAACUCGUCCGAAUUAACUGACACGCACGUGCGGCGGCACGCAGGAUCGUCACGAUCUCACCGUCGUAAUCGUUAUCAUCAGCAUCGUCAUUAUCGUUUUAUCAUUAGCGUAACAGUCGUCGUCAGAUUAUCACUCAACGCACCUAAUUACUUAAUUACUGGAGAUAUGGCAGCUACAACUUAUAAGAAAUAUUACAAAAUCACUUGUGACUCUCAUUCUCCUCACGCUUGCACAAUAUUUUACGCAUACGAACGCUAUCACACCGAGACGGGCGAUCCCUCCCUUCUUUCCUUCCUUCCUUCCUACCUUCCCUUCUACCUUUCUUUCUUCGUUAAUUUUUAGUUCGCGCACGAGCGAUCGCGCGAUCUCAUUCGAUGAGACCGCGUUCGGCUCCGUGUAAAGUCGGUUCUGUCCGGUGCGCACAGUCGCCGGUCCUCGCUAGAGCGCGACCUUUCGUUUCGUCCGUGACCUCUGCCCUUCGUUUUCGCGCGUUUCUGAAAUAUAUAAUAAUCGGGCGCUCGUGACGAGCCAGACGCGUUGUUUCGCGCCCGCUUUCGUGUAGCGUGCGGAAUAGGAAGAACGCGCAGGGGCGUCGAGGGACACGCGGCAUACGACAGGUUCGUUCGCUCCCGUUAUAACGUACGUUUCGAGAUCAUUAGUGGUGGCGAGCGUCGACUGCCCCCCGGGACAGAUCCGUCGCGAUGAGCCGUCCGGUCGCAAUGUAGUUUACCGCUAAAGCUCUAUCACAUCGCGCGCCCGCUAAACUAUCACACCACACCGCUAAACUAUCACACCAUUCGCCCGCAUUCACUCUCCUUUUUUCGUUCUACGGGCGUGUGCAUACGCGAAUCGCCUAUUAUUAGUCUCCUAAUAAUUCAUCAGUAUUAAUUAGUCGUACAUUUAAUUCUUUUUCUCUUUUAAUCACUCGUAAAUUAAUUACCUAUAGUCGUUAAAUCUGUAUCUUGUAAACCUGUACUCGCGCGCAUGCGACCGCUUUGUGCGUACGCGCGCGUACAUACGUACGUCUCUAUGUGCGUGCAAGUGUGUGUGUGUGUGUGUGUGUCUUCGUAUGUUUUUUGUUUCUGUAUCUCUGUGUGCGUGUAAAUGCGCGUGUACGCGCGGUAUGUGUGCCGUACGUGUACGCGUGUUAUGCCUCUGUGUCUUCAGUAUUAUUUCAUAUAUCUGAUAGACUAUCUAUUUAUUUGAAAUUUACGUUUUAUAAAUACCCUAUAGUAAAUCGCGAUUUUCUUCAUUUUUUUCCUUUUCUCUUCUCUCUCUCUUUGUUUUUCACUUUUGUUGCUCCGCCAUUCGAUUAUGCGCUUUUGUACGAGGGUGUAAUGCGAACCGACUGAUAUUGUAUAGUUUGACGUGUGCCCGUAUUAUGCGCGUGUAUACGUGUAUAUGUGUAUACGUACGUGUGUGCGUGUGUGUUCGUUCGUGUAUAUAUAACCAACUUAAUAAUCGCGUACAGGUGCUUCCGAGUGAGCGUAGAAUUCUCGCCGCCGGAUCGAUAUCCGCCGUCCGUGCAUUCGUCCGAAGUAUGUGCGACUCGGUUUCGGGCUUCUCGGGUGUAAAUGGUAACAGGGCUGAGUGAGUUGGUCGAUAGGCGGCUUGGUGAGUGUACGAGUUACGACCGGGUGUGUUCCACGUGCGACAAUAACGACGAGAAUGACAAUGGGACGGGCGAGUGCACGGUCAAGCGAGCGAACGAGCAAGCGAGCGAGCGAGCCGUCUCGCUUCGACGGCGGUCUCGAUUGUCGAAAGUAGAGAUGUGAGAGAAGCGCGGUGUUACGGUGAUUAGAAAUAGAUAGAAAUCGCGACAGAGAGAGAGAGAGAAAGAGAAAGAGAGA